CGCGAACUCUUAGCGGAGUACUUGCAGAAGCAAAAUGGCGGAGUGACUUGAGUUUUCUGGUAAAAUCUGAUAUUGAAAUUGAACAAGAAAAAGGCCAAGAGUUCUUGGAGAUAGUGUAACAAUUUUUAAAGAUAGCUUUGGCAGCGUUUUGGUGCCGCAUUUACUUUUGGAGGGAUAUAAGAGCUCUCGAUUUUGGUUUUGGUUUGGCACGUGCGGCCGAGAAACAGCAACAGCUUGAAACUUUUGGCUUCGCAACUCAAUUAACCACAGAAACCUGGAAAAUCUAGGAACCUCGAAAAAAUCGACGCCUUCUCUCGAUAAUUACAAGACAUGGCAACUCCGCACAUUGUUAAUGAUUUAUUGAACAACCAAGACUAGUGAUAUCAACACGAGUGCAAUACUCUGUGAUUUAAGACCGGUUAUGGAGGGAUAUGGACCGUUAGGAGUAGAUAUUGUUCUGGAGGUGCUACGGCAGGGAUCAAGUCAGGUUCCUGGGUUACUGAGACCAGCAGAGCAGAGACUGCAUGAAUGGGAAAGACAUUGUGGGUUUUACCAGACGUUGAUGCAAAUCUUUUCUAACAGAUCUGUAGAUGUCAACAUUCGCUGGUUGGCUGUGCUUUAUAUUAAAAAUGGCAUUGAUAGGUAUUGGCGUAAAACUGCUCCUAAUGCUCUCCCAGAAGAAGAGAAAUUGGUAAUAAAACAGCAGCUGCUUCUAUCAAUUGAUGAGCCUGUACACCAGAUUGCCACACAGGUAGCUGUUGUCAUAUCAAAGAUUGCUCGAGUUGAGCUGAAGUGCUGGCCUGAGCUUUUUCCAGCAUUAUUUGAGUCUGUCAGAAGUCCUCUACAUCUAGUGCAGCACAAUUCUCUGUUAAUUCUGAACCAUGUUACCAAGAUGUUAGCAUCCAAGAGGCUUGCAAUGGACAGACAGAUGUUCAGAGAGCUUUCUAAUAGUAUCUAUGGACAUAUUUUGGAUCUGUGGAAGGCUCACUCUGCCCAAUUUUUUGACAAGGCACAGAGACAUGAGGAACAUCUUGAGGAAGCUUUACAGCUUAGUGUACUAUCAGCAAAAGUCCUUCGUAAACUUACCGUCCAAGGGACAAGGGAGUUCAGCUCAGACUCAUUACAGACGGUCUUCCUAAAUGCAAUAUUUGAAAAGAUAAGGCUCUGCCUAGAAUAUAGAAACCAAAUACAGCAUAAUACCAAGCUAGUCAAGAUGCUUGAGAAGACUGUCAAACUUUUGAGUAAAACAUUGCUUGAGACACAGGAGCACCACCCAGCAUCAUUUGUCCCCCUCCUGAAGCAGAGUUUGGAGUUUGCUGCUAAUUAUGUGUUCAGUGAGGAAGCUGGAGUGCUCACAUUUGAGACCCUGCUUGUCCAAUGCUGUAAUAUAAUGCGAGCGAUUUUACGAUGUGAGACCUACAGGCCUCCCAAGGAAAUAAAAGAUGAUUCUUCUCAGAACAUCUUAGCCGCACAUCAGACAAAGAUGUCCUUCUUCACACCAUCUGUUCUUACAGAAAUCAUAAACAGAAUAAUCAUGCAUUAUUUUCUUCUAAAUCAUAAUGAAUUGGAUAAUUGGGAAUCUGACCCGGAGGAUUACAUUAAUGAAGAAGUUGGCGAGUCGUGGCGGUACCAGCUUCGGCCAAGCAUAGAAAACUUGUACCUCACUUUGUUCGCCGAAUACCGCUCAAUUGUCACGCCAGUAGUCGUCAACUUGAUAAAAACAGUCCAAGCGUCGCCUGAUACAGAGGACAUGAACGUACUCUUGCAAAAGGAUGCCGUGUAUACUGCAGCUGGCCUCGCGUCUUAUAAUCUUUUUGAAGAGCUAGACUUUGACAACUGGUUCACUUAUCACCUAAGAAGAGAGAUGCAUAACAAGUCCCCUAGGUUCAAGUUGUUGCGUCGCCGCGUGCCGUGGUUGGUUGGCCAGUGGGUUAAUGUUAAGCUCACGGCAUCAGUUCGUCCGCUUCUUUAUGAGUCUCUGCUACUUUUGAUGCAGAAAGACGAAGAUUUGGUGGUCCGCUUGACUGCCGCAAACACGCUGAGGACUGCUGUGGAUGAUGUUGAAUUCCAGUUGGACAGCUUCCUCCCGUACAUGGAGGGAAGUUUCACAUCUCUUUACAAUUUACUCCGUGAUGUCAGUGAGUGUGAUACCAAGAUGCACAUUCUGCACGUGGUGUCCCUGCUUAUUGAGCGUGUCGGUUCUAAUGUCCGGCUGCAGGUGAACUCCCUCAUCUCGUACCUCCCCCACCUUUGGCAGGAGUCUGAGCAGCACAACAUGCUCCGCUGCGCCAUCCUCGCCACACUCUCCCACCUCGUACAGGGACUGGAAGGCGACUGCGCAAGCCUGGAGCACUUCCUUUUACCCGUCAUACACCUGGCCACUGACGUCACACAGCCGCCGCACGUGUAUCUACUAGAGGAUGGCCUAGAGUUAUGGCAGAAGACGUUGGAAAAUGUGCCAUCUGUAUCACGUGAUCUUUUGCAUCUUUACAACAACAUGCCUUCUCUGCUCGAACUGGGCACUGAGAAUCUUCGCACCUGCUUUGGUAUCAUCGAGCGAUACGUUCUUCUUUCUGGAAAAGAGUUCCUGGAGACCUUUGGUGCUGGUGUGGCGCGGACGUGUGAAAGUAUGAUUGGAGCAAUCAAGCCUGAGGGGGGUAUGGUGGUGGCAAAGGUUGUGGAGACGAUAGUCAAGUCGUAUCCAUCUGGUGGUGUGCAGCUGAUGGAACCCGUCCUUGUCAAGGUGUUCAAUGAGGUGUUUAAGGAUGAGGAGUACACGCCUCUACUUGUUGUCUAUUUGUGCAUCUUUGGCGAGAUCAUUCUGCGCAACUCUAGCUACUUCUCAAGCUUUAUCAACUCCAUGGCGACUGCUACGGGAAAACAGAGUGACGAACUCUUGGGUAAAUUUCUGGAUAUUUGGCUUGAAAAGCUUGACGCCAUGACAAGACUGGAAAGAAGGAAGCUGACAGCCAUGGGGCUCGCCUCUCUUUUACCAGUCAACACAAAGUCUGUCACGGACCGGUUUGCCGUUAUUCUGGACGCUGCAGUAGAUGUUCUCCAUGAGAUUCACCGAUGUGAAGAUGGGGUCUACACCGAUUGCCUCGUAUUGUUCGCCAGUGAUGAACUCACAGAUGAAAAUGCUGAGGGAGACAGCUUUUCUGUCAAACGCCUGGUAAAUACACAACUGAGCAUGUGCGAUCCAGUUCACCGCAUUCCCAUGUGGCAGUUUGUGCGUGACAAGGUGCAUGAGAGCCAGGCGGUGCAUGGUGAGGCUCAUUUCCACGCCCUGAUGGAAUGCAUGGACUCUGGCGUCGCACAGCAACUCUUUUCAUUCAUCAACCACUGAAGAAGAAGCAGCUGCCGAACAUGAACGCUUAACAUUUAUGGAUUUACUGAGGUGCAAUUGGCUAACUGUGGAACACUAACUCUAGACCCCCACAAACCUGCUGAGGUGCAAGUACUAUAUGGGGGACACUAACUAGACUCUCAUAGACCCACUGAGGUGCAAGUACUAUAUGGGGGACACUAACUAGACUCUCAUAGACCCACUGAGGUGCAAGUACUAUUUGGGGGACACUAACUAGACUCGCAUAGACCCACUGAGGUGCAAGUACUACCUGGGGGACACUAACUAGACUCUCAUAGACCCACUGAGGUUCAAGUACUAUCUGGGGGACACUAACUAGACUCUCAUAGACCCACUGAGGUGCAAGUACUAUCUGGGGGACAUUAACUAAACUCUCAUAGACCCACUGAGGUUCAAGUACUAUUUGGGGGACACUAACUAGACUCUCAUAGACCCACUGAGGUUCAAGUACUACCUGGGGGACACUAACUUAGUUUAGUUUAUUGGCUUUGUCACACACACAAAAAUACUACGGUUUACAAUAGGAAAUAAAAAAUAUAAAGAAAAUAAGAAACAAUGUGACGGGAGAAGAAAACAGGGCGUAAGCCCCAAUUGAAAUUCUUUCCCAACAAAUUACGAACAAUAAGAAUUCUAAAACGAAAAUAAAAUUUGAAUUACAUAAA